GUGGGAGAGAAAAAGAGAGAGAGAGAAACAGUAGUGAUGAUCGACGCCAGGCUGCCACCACUCUGUAGCAGUGAGUGGCUGCAACAAAAAAGCACAGAAUAACAUCCCUGACUCCCUGCUCUGCUUUUUUCUCUCUCUCCCUGCGUCUCAGCUAGCAGACGAGGGCUCCGCUCACAGCUCUGCAGAGGCUAUGCUGAGACUGAGCCGGCGUCAGAAGCAGGAUCUCUGGCUGCCAUCAACAAGUUAGGGUUGGAGGACCACGGCAAUGAAAGAGAAGCGCUUGAUCUUCAAUUAACGGUCUGAGCUGACACCAUUGCGGAGGAAAGGAAACAAAAGGGUAAAAAAAAGAAAAAGAAGAAAAAGGGAGAGGGGGGGUCUGAUCACUGGAGUCGCUCUGGAUGCAACUGAUCAACUUAAAAAAAAAAAAAUUUUCAAGGAUUCGUGGGCUGGAAGAAAAAGAUUCAACCUCUUCUAUGAGCCUGGAUUUUAAAGGACUAACAAAAUAAAAGGAAUAAACAUCUAGUCGGGACAUGGAAUUUCAUAUUUUGUUUGAAUUGGGUGGGUUCAGAAUUGCUUUAUUUCCCAAGAGGCUGAUUCCUUUUGUGCUUAAUCAAAAGGGCUUUUUCCCUUUGGAUUUUUCUUCCAUCUGGUUGCUCCAAGAGUCUGCGGAAAAGGACAGUUGAAUGCAGCCUCCGAUGUGCACAAAAGAAUGGGUUUCCAUUCAAGGUGGCCAUUGGUGGGACCUGCACCAGCGGCUCUGUCUGUGAUCAGCAUGCUCCUAGCGUGCCUGUUGUCUCCUGCGUUGUGUACAACCUGCCCUCAAAAAUGCCGCUGUGAGGACCUACAGUUUUACUGCGACACCCAGGGGCUUAAGGCACCCCCAGAUGGUGUGGACAAGGGAGCCCUGGGGCUGUCAUUACGACACAAUAGUAUCACUGAGCUCAGCCCUGAUCAAUUCUAUGGUUUCAGCCAGCUCACUUGGCUACAUCUAGACCACAACCAGAUAACCACCGUACAAGAGGAUGCCUUUCAAGGGCUCUAUAAACUGAAGGACCUCAAUUUGAGCUCCAAUCGUAUCACCAAGUUGCCCAACACAACCUUCAUCCACCUCAUCAAUCUUCAGAUACUGGACCUGUCCUUCAAUCAGAUGACUGCUUUGGAGCCAGAACUGUUUCACGGACUGAGGAAGCUCCAGAUACUCCACCUCCGCUCUAAUUUACUUCGCACCACACCUGUUCGGGCAUUUUGGGACUGCCGUAGCCUGGAAUAUCUGGGCCUAAGCAGCAACCGUCUCCGAAGCCUGGCACGAAAUGGAUUUGCUGGGCUCAUCAAGCUUAAAGAGCUCCACUUGGAGCACAAUCAACUGACCAAGAUAAACUUGGCCCAUUUCCCUCGCCUUGUUGCCCUUCAAUUUCUAUACCUGCAAUGGAAUAAGAUCAGCAACGUAACAUGUGGCAUGGAAUGGACCUGGACCACGCUGGAGAAGCUGGACCUCACAGGAAAUGAAAUUCGUGUCCUGACCCCUGAUGUGUUUCAAACGCUGCCAAAUUUAAAAGUUUUGCUGCUGGAUAACAACAAACUGAGCAGCCUGGAUCCCCAAGUCUUGGAUAUGUGGCAGUCUUUGGGUAUGAUUGGGCUGUCCAGCAACCUUUGGGAAUGUACCAAGAGGAUUUGCUCUCUUGCCACUUGGCUAAGCACCUUUAAGGGAAGGUGGGAGCAUUCCAUCCUCUGUCACAGUCCUGAAUAUGCCCAAGGUGAGGAGAUACUUGAUGCCGUUUAUGGAUUCCAACUUUGUCAGAAUUUUUCAGUACCAGUUGUUCAGACCAUUAGUACAACAACAGACGCUACUACAGCUGCAGAGAUCACAAGCUCCUUGUUUGGAAUUAUGCAGCCGACCCCCACACCGGACUAUGCAGAGGAUUUUGGGAGCUUUACCACAGUCACUACCACAACAAUCACAACACAAACACCACGCACUGCUCAAGCUACUACUGCUCCAUUGGAAGAGGCAGCUGUAACGGAUGACUUCGCAACUGCAGACAACACUGUUAUGACUCAAAGGGUUAUCAUGGGAACUAUGGCCCUUCUUUUUUCAUUCUUUUUCAUCAUUUUUGUUGUCUAUAUCUCACGGAAGUGCUGCCCUCCUACCCUGCGCCGGAUACGCCACUGUUCGGCUAUUCAGAACCGCAGACAGAUGAGGACCCAGCAACGACAGCCUAUGGCAGACCUAGCUACGCAGGUACCCUAUAAUGAGUAUGAGCCCAGCCAUGAAGAAGGGGCACUCGUGAUCAUCAACGGCUACGGGCAGUGCAAGUGUCAGCAGCUGCCUUACAAAGAGUGUGAAGUAUGAACUCUUAUUUAUUCCUAGAGCAUAUGGUUUGUCAUUUGACCAUUUCAGAUGAUACAGGGUUUGCUUUUUUGAUUUUUUUUUUCCAGUUUAUGUAAAAAGCAUAAUUUCUACAAGUGAGAUUUGAGAAUAUGUGAGAAUGCUACAAUGGCAGAGGUUGGCCAGUUACGGGACGUUGUAGAGAUAGUCACAAAUUUAUUUUUCUAUGAAUGCAAGGUUGUUCAUAUCAGGCAGGGGCAAUCAUUUUAAAGAAGAAAAUUGUAAACUGUGAGAUCUGUCUCCACCACUGUCUAUAUUCUGCAGCACAGAGAAACUACUUUGCCAAGUGGCCCUCUGCUAACAGAAUACAUUAAAGGAAGAUGUGAUUUAUGUAUUUUCUUUUAAAAAGUAAAUAUUUGAAAUGCUGUUUCUAACUACACCAUAGGCAGUCCAAGCCAAACAUUCAAUCACAGGGGCAAAUGAACAGAAUCAAUUAUCAAAACAUUUUGUUUUGUAGCUUUGUUUUGAGAGAACUAUAAUGCA